AAAUCACUCUUUUAAUUUUAACAAUGUAUAAACUUCCUUCGUCAAUUCCAGGGUUGGAAUUGUUAUUUUGUUUUAAUGGCUGAACAAGCUCAGAUAAGCGAGGACAGAAUCAGUAACUUACCUGAUGAAAUUCUCCAUCACAUUAUCUCCUUCCUUCCAACAAAACUUGCAGCCUGCACCUCCGUUCUAUCUACUAGGUGGAGGUAUCUAUUUGCUUCAAUUCCUAAUCUUGACUUUGAUUUUGACAAUUGGAAUCGGUAUUUCAUGACAAGUUGGACGCUUCACAGAAAUUGGAUGUAUGUUCUAACUGCUUUUAUGAGUUUUGUAGAUAGAGUGUUCUUCCUCCGUAGGAGACCAUCUCUAGAUAGAUUUUGUCUCCGGUGCUCCCAUCGUAUUGAUCCUAUGCGGAUUGAUUGGUGGAUACAGAAUGUAUUGCAGCGUUCUAUCGUAGAGCUUGAUUUGUCCAUAUGUUUGGAUUUAGAUCUCCCAAAAGAACUACAAACAAGUUUAUUUACUUGCAAGACUCUAGUUGUUCUGAAAUUGUCCUUGCCUGAUGAUUGUUUACGAUCCCCUUCAAGGGUCUGUCUCCCUAGUCUCAAGGUUCUUCACUUAAAGUAUCUUUACUUUGAAAAUGAUGAUUUUGGGGAAUGGCUGUCUGUUGGCUGUCCUGUUCUUGAGGAAUUGAAUGUUGAAGCAAAAAGAUCCUUGGGGAAAAAGUGCAAACUUACUGUUUCUAGUGCAUCACUUAAGAGACUGACCAUCCAAUUCCCAAGUUUCACCCGUUGUUCAGCAGCAGGCAGUGUUGAGAUUAUCCUCAAUGCUCAAAGUCUUCUCAGCUUGACAUACUUAUGCCAUGCUGAUAUUUGCAUUUCAUAUAUAAACUUGCCAUCUCUUACAGAAGCCGGCAUUGACUUCGCCAACAAAGCCAGUGAUGAUAAUACCACUACUCCUGCAACUUGUCUAAUGAAAGGAUUAAGCAAUAUUCAAUCACUUAAUAUCAUCUCUUAUAAAACCCUAUGUGAUCUUUAUAAAGAAGAGAAAAUGGUGAAAUCCGUUUCUCUACCUUUGUUUCGUAACAUGACUUGCUUGAAAACUUCUCUCGAGACAAAUCAAAGCAUUUUGAGCUUAGUUCGUCUACUCUGGCAUUGCAAUUUCCUACAAACCCUUGUUAUCAACCUGGAACAUCCAUCAAAUUGGGAGACCGAUGACUGGUUUAGACUAGAGGAAUUUGGAACACCUUACUGUUUUCUUUCUAGCCUAAAGUCCAUUAAAAUUUCGUUAUUCAGUUGGCAUGAAUCUGGAAAACAAGUUGUCAAAUACUUCUUGAUGAAUACUGAAGUCUUGGAAGACAUGACAAUUCGUCUCAAUAUCUAUGAUGGGAAAGAAGGACGGAACCAAGAAUUGAAAAUUUUGAAGGAGUUAUUGAUGUUUCCAAGAAUCUCAAAGAAAUGCCAAGUUAGAGUCGUCUAGAUUUCUUGCUACUUUUUUGAUAUGCUGAAUUUAGCCUUCUGGUUAUAUCCCAUUUUUUCUCAUAGCAUUGUAUUGUUGUUCCUUUUAAGAUCAAAUUUUACUUACAUAAUUGGUAUUCUUUUCUCUUUUUUUUCAAGACCAAGUUUUUAACCUGAGUGAGGGACAUUUGUGAUAGCAAUGCUGCUAAUGCAGACUGUGUCUGACGAGUUGGACCCAAUAACUAGGUUGUUUGCGG